AUGGUGCAGGAGUUUACAGACGCCUUCUCCAAGCGCUUCCACCCCGGCGCAGCGCCCGUGUGCGAGUCCUUCCACGCCGAGCACACAAACCUUCCACCUCGAGGAGCAGCAGGGUUUUUAAACAUGAUGGCCUGGCUCUUUGCCUUGUGCUGGCUGCAGCGCUGUGAGAGCGAGCACGUCACCACCACCAGUGCUACAAGGGGAGACACUGUAGUUCCAGCCUGCACAGGGUGCACGUGUCCAGCCCGCAAAAUCUCCUCAGGCCGCCAGUGGCGAGGGCACCGAGUGUCCUUUCCCUCGAUCCCACACUGCGCCCGUGAGGCUCGCGGGGGGCUGCAGACUCCCGGAGCCGGGGAGCUCGGACCGGGCGUCACCGGGUGUCGCUGCCGCCGCACGGCUCGGAACGAGUGCCGGAGCGCUCCUCCCCGGCACGCCCCGGGGCCGCGGCCGCCGCCCUGGGAGUACCCGCGGGCCGCCCGCCGCGGCCUGGCCGACGGCACCGCGCUGCUGGCCCCGGCCCUGGCCUUCAACCUGGGCUGCGACCCCGCCGCCGCCGCACACCUCCGCCUGCAGAGGUACGAAAGGAGCGGCGCCGCCGAUGGGAAGGGCAGCCGGUCCGUGCUGUCGGUGCCCCCGUUCGCCAAGGAGCUGCACCUGGAGAUCGUGUGCUCGCCGGCCUACAACACCCGGGGAAGCUACGACUGCGUGCUCUACAGGCACUUCGGAGCGCCGCGGCUGGUCCAGGAGGGAGACAUCCUGUGUGUUCCAACAUUUGGAAAUGCUGAGUUUAUAGAACUAAAUGCAGACAAGUUCCUAAGGUGGCCAGAGCUUUAUUUCAAGGUGAAGAAGGUCGUAGGCAUGGUGGAAGGCGAGCAGUCCGAGGGUUACCUGGUGGACAACCAGAACACGUCUCUCUAUCUGGUGGGUUCAACAAACAGCACCGUCCCAUCUGCCCCAGCCUAUAACAGCAAUGAGUUCUGGAGCAGUUUGUCUCCUGCGGGGCUUUCUGACGUGGUGAAACAGCUCUGCGAUGCUCUUCGGCCUCACCUGAGCCGUCGGGCCAGCGCGCUGAGCGGCGUGGGCAGCGUUCUGCUCUCGGGGCCGAGCGGCAGCGGGAAGCUGAUGGCUGUCAGGGCUGUGUGCAGCUGCCUCAACCUGCACCUCUUCAAGGUCGAUUGUGUCAGUUUGUGCAGUGACACCAGUGCAGCCACAGAGGAGAAAGUACAGGUGGCCUUCAGCCAGGCCCAGCAGUACCAGCCCUGCGUGCUCCUGCUGAAAGACAUCGAGGUGCUUGGCAGAGACCGAGAUGGGCUCGGAGAGGAUGCCAGGGUCAUUGCUACUCUGAGGCAACUGCUCCUGGACAGAGACCCAGCCCUGAGCCACCCUGUCCUGGUGAUUGGCACAACCUGCCAGCCCCAGAAUGUUCCCACAGAUGUGCAGACUGCUUUCCUUCAUGAGGUGAAGAUUGAAGCCCCUUCAGAGGAGCAGAGGAGGUUGAUGCUGAGCAUGCUGACUGCCAGCCUACCUCUGGGCAAAGAAGUGAGCCUGUCCAGGCUGGCCCGCAGGACUGCAGGAUUUGUGCUGGGAGAUUUCUGUGCCUUGUUGUCCCACAGCAGCAGGGCUGCUUGCACCCGCAUCCAGGCCUUGAGUUUUCCAGGAGGACUGAGCGAGGAAGUGGAGAGGGAUUUUUGCACUGCAGGGUUCCCGGUGCUCGAGGAGGAUUUUAGUGCUGCACUGGACCAGCUGCAUGACGCCCACUCGCAGGCAGUGGGAGCCCCAAAGAUCCCCUCAGUGUCCUGGCAGGAUGUUGGUGGGCUGCAGGAGGUGAAGAAGGAGAUCCUGGACACUAUCCAGUUGCCCUUGGAGCACCCAGAGCUGCUGUCACUGGGUCUGUGCCGCUCUGGUCUGCUGCUCUACGGGCCUCCAGGGACAGGGAAGACCUUGCUGGCAAAAGCUGUGGCAACAACGUGCACCAUGACAUUCCUUAGCGUGAAAGGGCCGGAGCUCAUCAACAUGUACGUUGGGCAAAGCGAGGAGAACGUGCGCAAUGUGUUUGCCAGAGCCAGGGCAGCUGCUCCCUGCAUUAUCUUCUUUGAUGAACUAGAUUCCCUGGCCCCCAGUCGUGGGCGAAGUGGAGAUUCAGGAGGUGUCAUGGACAGAGUUGUCUCACAGCUCCUUGCAGAGCUUGAUGGCCUUCAUUCCACCAGAGAGGUGUUUGUCAUUGGAGCCACCAACAGGCCUGACCUCCUGGACCCAGCUCUGCUACGGCCGGGCAGGUUUGACAAGCUGGUCUACGUGGGCAUCAGCGAGGACCGGGAGUCGCAGCUGCAGGUGCUGAGCGCCGUCACCAGGAAGUUUAAACUGGAUCCUUCUGUGAAUCUCACCACCAUCCUAGAAAAAUGCCCGGCUCAGCUGACAGGAGCAGACAUCUAUGCCCUGUGUUCAGAUGCCAUGAUGUGUGCUGUCAAACGCAAGGUGGAGUGGAUUGAGGAAGGGCUGGAUACUGAGAAGUCUGCUCUGAUCCUGACCAUGGAAGACUUUCUGCAGGCUGCUGCCAGGCUGCAGCCAUCAGUCUCUGAGCAGGAGCUGCUCAGGUACAGACUCAUCCAGCAGAAGUUUGCGGCCUCCUAAUGCUCAGCAGAGCUGGAACUGGAGAACAGGCACAAACAGGCACUGCCUGCUCUUCUCUGAUGCCUCCCAGGCCCCCUUCUUUUGAGCCUGGGUGGAAAUAGUGUCUGUGCAGUUUCCCAAGCCAAGGCCUGGUGGAAGUGCUUCUCUGCUCAUCCAGGAGGGUGGUGGGUUCUGUGAGGGUCCCUGACGUGGCAGCAGUGCAUUGUGGCUGCAGGGGCAUAGCAGGGUGAUCUCCUUGCAGGAACAAAGCCAUGGGCAGUGUAGUGGUGUCUCCAUGACUGACAGGCCAUUCUUUGGUGGGGGAGCAAGACUCAAACUGCACCUGGUUUGGCAGCAAGUGCAGGGCUGGAGGCAGCUGCUUGUUGGGCUGUCAGCCCUUAGUGGGAGGUGCUGGCCAGAGGGGCAGCAGGACACAGGGCACUGCUGCUCCAGCUGGCCUGGACUUGACAUAGUAUCUGAAUAAACACAGUUUUUUUAGCACUA